AUGCCUGUUGUGUCAGCUAGUGAUGCCAAAAGCCAGGGUUGUAAUGGCACUGAGCUGCUUGACUGGCUGUUUGAUCAAAACGAUGGAAUUCUUCGUCAUGAGGAAACAGGACACAGUGGCAACUGUCACACCUGGCCAAUCCAGGACCCAAAUAUGCUGCAGCCACCCGAACAGGCAGACAGUGACUUCCUCAAUGCCCUCCUGAGUGGCAGUGAUUCUGUGUCAGGCUCACUUCUGUGGUCUCCAUCGCCCAGUGACAGCGGAAUCAGUGAGGACCCUCCCUCAGACCAGAUGGACAGUCCACAGAGGCCAGAUAGCCCCCCUGGGGACACUCAGUACUUUGGUACAAAGCCACAAAGCAAGGCAGCCCUGGAAGCCAACGCCUCCAUCGAUCUCAAUGGCUGGGAGCCCAGAUUCCCAACGGGCAGGAUGAGGAAUACAGAAUAUCCUUCUAAUGUACAUGGACCGCCGCUGUCCUCUGGUUUCCCACUAACUGUCAAAGAUCUACUACUGUCUGGCACCAUGGAGCCACCACCACAGCCGGCCCAGCAGUCCAUUCAAGAACUGAUUCUAAAUGAAGAUGAGAAGAAGCUUUUGGCAAAGGAGGGGGUGACUCUACCCAGCCAACUGCCCCUCACCAAGUAUGAAGAAAGGAUUUUGAAGAAAAUACGCAGAAAGAUUCGCAAUAAGCAGUCUGCCCAGGAGAGCAGGAAGAAGAAGAAGGAAUACAUUGAUGGGCUGGAGAGCAGGAUGGCUGCCUGCAGUGCCCACAACCAGGAACUGCAGAGAAAAGUAUCCCAUCUGGAGAAAUGCAACAUGUCACUAAUGGAACAGCUACGCAGGCUGCAGGUUCUGGUCAUGAAUGCAACUAACAAGCCAGCCCAGGCAGGGACAUGUGUUCUGGUGCUUCUGCUGUCCUUCUCCCUAAUCCUUUUCCCCAGCUUGAAGCCCUUCUCGGACACUAAGGUCAGCCAAGGAGACUUCAGUCCAGUCAGAAUCCAGUCACGGUCGCUGCAGAACCUCCAGGCUUCCCGUGUGCUGUAUGCCAUUGAUCCCCCAUUUUCCACUGAGGAUGACUCAGAGAAUCUGCAUCGGCAUUUACCUGGAGACGGGGAAGUGGAUGAAAUUAGUGCGCUGAUGAGAAAGCUGGCAGUGAACCAAGAGCAGGCCAGUUUGGAGCCCAUGUCUCUAAACAGUAGUCAGGAGCAACAAAUGGGUAAUUUCCAUGUAGACCCAAUUACUGGUCACAUAGCUACUGUGACCUUGGAUCCCCACCGCUCUGCUAGGCUGCAACCACAUGCUGAUGACAUGUAG